GCUUCUCUAAACGGUGAUUUCCCCAACGUUGGUAGCUGGUUGGUGUUUCCCCAGUUCUGGUUGUUUGGAUUGAAAAGUGGCGACGAGGAAAACGGAGCGGCGGAACAUUUUCGGCGCCUUUGAUUUGACUCCGGCGCAGCGGUAGUAUCACCAUUCAUCACCAUCGACUAGGACCGUCGUCGGCGCGGCGUUGUAAAUUGCCGUUGAUUUGGAGUAGGACGUCCCGACGGAAAGCAGAACAUUAUAGGUAACAGUGAAGGAAUUGUGCGAAAAGUGUGAUAAAUUAGUGCUUUUAGGAGUAAAUACCUUUCUUCCGUGGUGUUACAACACCAUUUUAUUUUGGUGGCGUCGGCCCUGGUGAAACAGCCAUUGUUAUUGUUCUUAAUUUGGUUAUUAUUCCAGCUGAAAGUAACCAUUUUUCUACAAGUGAUAAACGAUAUUCUUUUUCUGUAUUUGAGAGAAUAGAUAUUGCAGCGGGCAGCCAUUCCGGAGUGAUUUUCAAGCGUUGCUAGGACGUUUUGUUAAGUGGUGGACCGCUGGAUAACCUUUUCAUUGGGGACCGAGCUGUUGGAUUUCGUUGAUCUUCUUCCAUCCUGCCGGGUGGUGGUUUGCCGGUCCGAAUAACGGUGAGCGUGACGUCGUUCGAUAUCUGCAAAAAUGGCCUAUGUUGUGGCUCCCAACAUUGAACCGUUUAGAAAGGGACAAUCUUUUACGACCUGGGUCCGCCGUUUGACCUACCAUUUCCGGGUCAACAAGGUCAAGGAAGAUGAGCGGAAGGACCAGAUGUUCAUGCUGGGCGGGGAUUAUCUCUUCAGCGUGGCUGAAAAACUUUAUCCAACCGAGGCACUUUUGGAUGAAGUGGCCUACGAUGAACUGGUGCAAAAACUUAAGGAACGAUUAGACAGAACCGAUUCAGUAUUGCUUCAGAGAUACCACUUUAGUUCAAAAUUACAACAGGCCGGUGAAUCGGCAAGCGAUUUCAUCUUCUCUUUGAAGCUUCAAGCUGAAAAUUGUGAAUUUGGGGAUCAGAAGAAUAGGCUUAUUGUUGACCGUCUUCUGGUCGGUUUAUCAGAUACUAAACUGAAGCAUCGCCUCCUUACGGAGGACAGCGCCAAGCUGACUUUAGAACAAGCCGAAAAAAUUGUCGCUACUUGGGAAAUGGCGGCGACCCACACGAAGGCAUUGGCGAACAAUGAAGAUGUCGGCCUAGUAGCAGCCAUGGAUAGCAGAUACCCUCUAACUGGAGGCAGAGGAGCAGUGCUACAGAAAAUCAGGGAUGCAGCCCAAGGUUUCCGCGGUCCAGUGAAAAGUCGUCUUGGUGUAAGACCGGAAAUUCGGCCGGCCGAGGAUCGGCACCAGAAUUCCAGAGUUCGCUUCCAAUCCCAGCAUUCUAGGCAUCGGGAUUCUUCUGCUGGACCAUCUAGUCGGAGAUUCCAGCGAAACAGUGAACAAUGGCCGGUGGAUCAGCGCUACUGUGACUACUGCAAGCGCAGAGAUCACGUACGCCGGAAGUGUUACAAAUUGAAGAACGAACGGCACAACGAAGUCAACCAUGUCGACACUCAGGAUGCGAACAGCAGCACGGGUAGCUUGAGCCAGCUGGCCGAGCGUCUUGACCGGUUGAGGUCUGGUAGCUGGGACUCGGAUGAAAACGACUCAGGUGAAUUACAGUGCAUGCAUGUUUCUUCUAUUAAUAAAAUUAGUAAUCCCUGUUUAUUAAAUGUUACCAUUGAAAACAAUACUGUGCAGAUGGAGGUUGACAGUGGCUCUUCUGUUACAGUGAUGGGCAAAAAUUUGUUCACAACUAAAUUUGACCUUCCUUUAGUGAAAAGCACUAAACAAUUAAUUGUGAUAAAUGGUUCCAGGUUGAAAGUUUCUGGUGAAGUUGGAGUAAAGGUUGAAUACAAUGGCAAAACAGCUAAUUUGACGCUUUUAGUGCUUGACUGCGACUACCAGUUUAUUCCUCUGCUGGGUCGACCGUGGUUGGACGAAUUCUUUCCCAACUGGAGAAAUUUUUUUCGUAAUUUGAUGCCAUUAUACAACAUUUCAGAAAAUAAAAGAGAAGCAUUGGUUAGCGACAUAAAGUUAAAUUUUUCUGACGUUUUUGUUAAGGAUUUCUCUAUACCAAUAAAACAUUAUGAAGCCGAUCUAGUUUUAAAAACUGACAUGCCAAUUUUUAGAAAGGCUUAUGACGUUCCUUAUCGUUUAAGGGAAAAAGUUUUGAAAUAUUUGGACAAGCUUGAAGCUGAAAAAGUGAUAACUCCUAUUCAAACCAGUGAGUGGGCAUCACCUGUGGUGGUAGUAAUGAAAAAAAACAAUGACAUACGACUAGUAAUAGACUGCAAGGUUUCAAUAAAUAAGCUCAUAAUACCAAAUACUUACCCUUUGCCUGUUGCUCAGGAUAUUUUUGCUAGUUUGGCAGGAUGUACUGUUUUUUGUUCUCUUGAUUUGGAGGGCGCAUACACACAACUAUCAUUAUCAAAGCGAUCAAGAAAAUUUAUGGUAAUAAACACAAUUAAGGGACUUUUUAGCUACAAUAGAUUGCCACAGGGGGCUUCCUCUAGUGCAUCUAUUUUCCAGCAAGUUAUGGAUCAAGUAUUGCAAGGUAUUGAAAACGUUUGCGUCUAUUUGGACGAUGUUCUAAUCGCAGGAAAAGACUUGCAAGAUUGCAAAGCAAAACUUUAUAAAGUAUCAUGGUUGGAAGCGAGGCGAUUACUACCGCGCAUCCGACUCAAAUCCGGCUCGUUAAGGACGGAAGUGGUUCGCACCAGCCGAGACGAUCGAUGGUGGUGGUUGAUUCUGGUCGAUCGAUGUCGGCUACCGCUGAACCCGCAGGAACGGCCGUGCUGGAUGACGAUGUCCGGCAAUUACCGGAACGAAAUACGGAGCCCGAGAGCGCAGUCGUGGAGGAACCCGAUAUCCGGCAAAUACCGGAUCUGUGGAAUGAUAAUAAGAGAAGUGAUCAAGAAAUAG